ACAAAGAGGAAGGAGACAUGCACGCCUCGACGCUGACGCGCUGCAUGCGCGUGGCCCAGAAUGCCCGAUGUCUUAGCACUGCUGCUGCCUCCGUGCAGGUGACGCACUCGGAGCGUGGAGCGCGUCUGGCGGCGCUGCGUGAGCGUCUCGCAGAGGAGACGCGUCAGGGUCCGACGUUCGCCGAGCAGGCGCUGUCGCUCGAGGACUUUGCGUUUGAAGCCGACGCCGCGCCUGGCACGAAACCUUCGCGCAAACCCAAUGCGUCUAACCGCAAGCCGAAGUGGCUAAAGGCGCAGCCUACACAGGGAGCUAACUACGAGCGACUGCGUAAGUCCGUCAAGAGUCUGGGUCUUAGCACUGUGUGCGAGGAGGCCAAGUGCCCUAACAUCGGUGAAUGCUGGGGCGGUGGUAAGGACGGAAUCGCUACAGCAACGAUCAUGCUCAUGGGAGACACGUGCACGCGUGGCUGCAGCUUCUGUGCUGUCAAGACCAGCAGGAAGCCCAAGCCGUUGGACAUUGAGGAGCCCAACAAGGUGGCGGAGGCCAUCGCUGCUUGGGGACUCGACUACAUUGUCUUUACCAGUGUUGAUCGUGACGACUAUGAGGAUCUGGGUGCUGGACACUUCGCCAAGACCGUGAGCACGCUGCGUGCGAAGCUCCCGGAGAUCCUGAUCGAGUGUCUGACUCCCGACUUCCAGGGUCAUGACAACCUCAUCGACCAGGUGGCGACUUCGGGACUUGAUGUCUUUGCACACAACAUGGAGACGGUCGAGCGGCUGCAGCGUCGUGUGCGUGACUACCGUGCCAACUACAAGCAGUCGCUGCAUGUGCUUGAGCGGGCGAAGGUGGCUGCUCCUCAUCUCGUGACCAAGACGUCGUUGAUGCUUGGCGUGGGCGAGCGCAACGAGGACUUGUUCCAGACGCUGCGUGAUCUGCGUAAUAGUGGCGUGGACGUCGUGACUUUCGGCCAAUACCUGCGUCCCAGCACUAAGCACAUGCCAGUCAAGUCGUACGUGACUCCCGAGGCCUUCGCUGAGUGGCAGAAGGUGGCUGAACAGAUGGGCUUCCUGUACGUUGCGAGUGGCCCUAUGGUGCGCUCCAGCUACAAGGCUGGGGAGUUCUUUAUGAAGAACCUGCUCAAGAACCGAAAGACGCAGGUUGUCGCGUAAUUGAGGAGUGAUGCACGCAAUCGAACGCCUGCUGUACUUGCCUAAAACAAACCACAUUACAUCACUAUAAAA